CCCUUCAUCAACCUCACGCCUCCCUUCAUCAAUCUCAUAACCUUCGGUCUCUAUUCUCUUUCGCAUUCUCCGGAGAAACUCUCUCACAUUCUCUUCCUUCUUCAGAUCUCUGCAUGAUAAGCCAAUAAAACUCGUUUUUUCUUUCUUUUUGUUUAUUCUCACCAUAUAAUUUUCCAAGUUUUCCCCUGAAACAUUCACCGUGGAGAUCCUCGCAUCGGGUCGUGGCGCGAGAGGUGGGUUUCACGGCGGAGACAGAUCCAUCUUCCCCCUUCUUCUGAGGGGAUAGCCGAGGCCCUCCGGCCUCGGCGGUUUUCACGCCCCUACCUUUACAAAAAUCUCAGAUUCAAAAGUUGAAGAAGGAUGCCUGCUCUAGCUUACAUCGACACCACCACCACCGCCUUUCCCCCACCACCGUCAACACCAACCUCCGCCGCCGUUGUCGACACAUCCUGCCGUUGGAACACCUCCCUCUCCUCCUCUCUCUACCGCAUCGACGGAUGGGGAGCUCCUUACUUCACAGCCAACACCUCAGGCAACAUCUCUAUCCGUCCUCACGGAUCCAACACUUUACCUCACCAAGACAUCGAUCUCUUGAAAGUCGUUAAGAAAGUAACAGAUCCUAAACCGUUAGGCGGUUUGGGAUUAAAUCUCCCGGUUAUCGUCCGGUUCCCAGACGUUUUAAAAAACCGACUCGAGUGUCUCCAAUCCGCGUUCGAUCUCGCGGUCCAUACCCAGGGGUAUAAUUCUCAUUACCAAGGGGUGUACCCGGUUAAGUGCAAUCAAGACCGGUUUAUCGUGGAGGACAUCGUGAAAUUCGGAUCUGGAUUCCGGUUCGGUUUGGAAGCUGGAUCUAAACCGGAGAUUCUCUUAGCUAUGAGCUGCUUAACCAAAGGUAACCGCGAGGCUUUUCUCGUGUGUAACGGUUUUAAAGACGCUGAGUAUGUCUCUCUCGCUCUCCUCGGGAGGAAGCUAGCGUUGAACACUGUGAUCGUGCUCGAGCAAGAAGAUGAGCUUGAUCUCGUUAUCGAUCUGAGUAGGAAGAUGAACGUGAGGCCUGUGAUUGGGUUACGAGCUAAGCUGAGGACCAAACACUCUGGUCAUUUCGGAGCGACGUCUGGAGAGAAAGGGAAGUUCGGUUUGACGAGUACUCAGAUUGUUCGCGUUGUGAGGAAGCUUAGGGAGUCUUGUAUGCUUGAUUGUCUCCAGCUUCUGCAUUUCCACAUCGGCUCGCAGAUUCCGUCUACUGAUUUGCUCUCUGACGGUGUUGGGGAAGCUGCUCAGCUUUACUGCGAGCUCGUGCGUCUCGGUGCCGGUAUGAAGGUUAUCGACGUUGGGGGCGGUUUAGGGAUUGACUAUGAUGGUUCUAAGUCAGGAGAGUCUGAUCUCUCUGUUGGUUAUACUCUCGAGGGGUAUGCUGAAGCUGUUGUGGCUUCUGUUAAGUCUGUUUGCGACAGGAGAUCUGUGAAGCAUCCGGUGAUAUGCAGCGAGAGCGGGAGAGCGAUAGUCUCUCAUCAUUCGGUGUUGAUCUUCGAGGCUGUUUCCGCGGCUAAACCAAUGGCUCAGGAGGCUCGUGAUGAUGAUGAUGAUGAUGAUAUUCAGUUUUUGCUUGAAUCUGAGGAGGCUAGAGGUGAUUACGAGGAUCUAUUCGCUGCUGUGAUGCGUGGGGACCAAGAAAGCUGCCUCCUUUACGUGGACAAGCUGAAGCAGAGAUGUGUUGAAGGUUUCAAAGACGGUGUUUUGAGCAUCGAGCAGUUAGCUUCCGUUGAUGGGUUAUGCGAGUGGGUGUUGAAGGCUAUAGGAGCGUCGGAUCAGGUUCAGACUUACAAUAUCAACCUAUCGGUGUUCACUUCGAUUCCUGAUCUCUGGGGGAUUGAUCAGCUGUUUCCUAUAGUUCCUAUCCACAAGCUCGACCAGAGGCCAGGGGCUCGUGGGGUCUUGUCGGAUUUAACGUGUGACAGCGAUGGGAAGAUUGAUAAGUUCAUAGGGGGUGAGUCCAGCUUGCCGUUGCACGAGCUAGACGGCUGUGGUGGGAAGUACUAUUUGGGUAUGUUUCUUGGAGGUGCUUACGAGGAGGCGCUAGGUGGAGUGCACAAUUUGUUUGGUGGGCCAAGCGUUGUCCGGGUUUCUCAGAGCGAUGGACCGCAUAGCUUUGCGGUGACCCGAGCCGUGCCUGGCCAGUCCUCUGCUGAUGUUCUCCGAGCGGUGCAGCAUGAGCCGGAGAUAAUGUUUCAGAGUCUGAAGCACCGAGCAGAGAAGUUGAUGCAUACCAAAGGUGGUGGUGAAGGUGAAGAUGAUGAGGAAUUGAACAACGUUGUGGCUUGUCUUGAUCGUUCCUUCAACAACAUGCCGUAUUUGGCGACGGAGCAGGCAUCUAUGAGUAACUCUCUUUCAGCUGAGAUUAGUAACCUUGGCUUUUAUUACAGCAACGCAGACGGCUUCGACUACCUUUCCGCCUGACAAAGGUUGUCGUGUGGUUUGUUAUUUCGUUUAUGGUAUCAUAAAUCGUCAUUGUACGAUGUGUUAGUUUCUUUUAAUAAAUAAUAAUCAUAUGGUGAGAGAUAAAAUCACUUUUGUGAAAUUCGGAUCGUUGUAUCUUAUUUCAUUUUUUUAUUAAAUAAAAGACCAUUUCAUGAA